GUGGCGACGGCGCUUGGCGCGAGCGGGUCCUACUGCCGGGUCCUAUUUGUUGCUGGGUCUGGCUGGGGGCGGCCGCGGCGCGCGGAGCUCCGGGAGCCAGGCGGGGCAGCCGCGCAGCCACCACGGAGCAGCCGCGGGACUGGCCGCCCCGCGCCCCCUUCGCCGCCGUACCCUUCCCCGGCGCGCUUACCCCCUUCUCGGGAUGGGAUUGUAGCGGCGGCGCGGAUUCGGCGGGGAUCGCGGCGGAGGUGGCUGCGGCGGCCGAGCGGGGCUCCAUGUUUUCCUCCGGCCAGGAGGAGCCCUGCGCUCUCAAUAAGGAGCCGGUGAAAUACGGAGAGCUGGUGGUUCUGGGGUACAAUGGGACUUUACCCAGUGGCGACAGAGGGCGGAGGAAAAGCAGGUUCGCGCUCUACACGCGGCCCAAGGCCAACGGCGUCAAGCCCAGCACAGUGCACGUGCUCUCCACGCCCCAGGCCUCCAAGGCCAUCAGCUGCAAAGGUCAACACAGCAUAUCCUACACCUUGUCCCGGAACCAGACGGUGGUGGUAGAAUACACGCAUGAUAAAGACACGGACAUGUUUCAGGUGGGCAGAUCAACGGAAAGCCCUAUAGACUUCGUUGUUACAGACACAAUUUCAGGAAGUCAGAACAAUGAUGAAGCCCAGAUCACACAAAGCACCAUAUCCAGGUUUGCCUGCAGGAUCGUAUGUGACAGGAGCGAGCCUUACACAGCACGGAUAUUCGCCGCUGGGUUUGAUUCUUCCAAAAACAUAUUUCUUGGAGAAAAGGCAGCAAAAUGGAAAAACCCCGACGGCCACAUGGAUGGACUAACCACAAACGGCGUCCUGGUGAUGCACCCGCGAGGGGGUUUCACCGAGGAGUCCCAGCCUGGGAUCUGGCGUGAGAUCUCCGUCUGUGGGGAUGUGUACACCUUGCGAGAAACCAGGUCGGCCCAGCAGAGGGGAAAGCUGGUGGAAAGUGAGACCAACGUCCUGCAGGACGGCUCCCUCAUCGACCUGUGUGGGGCUACUCUUCUCUGGAGAACAGCAGACGGCCUUUUUCACACUCCAACCCAGAAGCACAUAGAAGCCCUCCGGCAGGAGAUCAAUGCCGCCCGGCCGCAGUGUCCCGUGGGGCUCAACACCUUGGCCUUCCCCAGCAUCAGCAGGAAAGAGGUGGUGGAGGAGAAGCAGCCCUGGGCAUACCUCAGCUGCGGCCACGUGCACGGGUACCACGACUGGGGCCACCGGAGUGACACGGAGGCCAAUGAGAGGGAGUGUCCCAUGUGCAGGACUGUGGGUCCCUACGUGCCCCUCUGGUUGGGCUGUGAGGCAGGAUUUUACGUAGACGCAGGACCGCCAACCCAUGCUUUCACCCCCUGUGGACACGUGUGCUCAGAGAAGUCUGCAAAAUACUGGUCUCAGAUCCCACUGCCUCAUGGAACCCACGCAUUCCAUGCCGCCUGCCCCUUCUGCGCAACACAGCUGGUCGGGGAGCAGAACUGCAUCAAAUUGAUUUUCCAGGGUCCAAUUGACUAAUGCCCUUGACAACCACCUACAACUUUAUUAACAAAUUACUGUGAAGAUUUUGCCACUAAUUCUAGAUUUUCCUUUUUGUAAUGCUGUUUAUUAAGGGAAAAGGGCCUAGGGCUGGGAUGUAGGAAGGGCCACUGUGAUGAAACUCAUCCAGAGUGUGACAGAUGGCAGCGGUGUGUAGUGUGCUCAAAACCACAGCACCGUCAUGGGAGUCUGCUUGACUAAACCGUAAUACCUUUGUAAUAA